AUAAUAGACACCCACCAUAGACAACAGGGCACACAGACACACACACACAAGUCACAACGCCUGCAAGGCUAAGCAAGCUGAAGUCUCAUUAUUGUGGAGAGUCUGCUUGUUUAGGUACCUUCCCUACAUUCAUAGUACAGUACACAGUACACACAAUCUAUAAAGCCAAACAUGACCGCCUUUUCAACAUCCCUUCACUCCGUACUUUGAUUCAUUCAUCCAUCACCCAUCCUCUCGCUCCACCACCACUGCCACUUCCACUUCUACUUAUACUCCUUCCUUCCUCUCUCUCUCUCUCAUAUAUCAACACCACCCCUCUCAACAUCGUACUCCUCCUGCGUUCACGACUCUUCACUCCCAUUAUACAUAUACCCAAUUGCUCUUGUCCAGCACACGAUCGUUAUUCCAGUUACCGCCUCUCCGUCAUCCCAUUCUUCCGUUCUCCUCACUACACAUAGUUAUUCGCCAUGUGCGGUAUCUUUGGUUACAUUAACUACCUGGUCGAGAAGGACAGGAAAUACAUUCUCAACACUCUCAUCAAUGGUCUCCAACGUCUAGAGUACCGCGGAUACGACUCGGCAGGUCUCGCCAUCGAUGGUGACAGGAAGAAUGAGGUCUUCGCCGUGAAGGAGGUCGGCAAGGUCGCCGCCCUCAAGAAGCUCGUCGAGGAGAAUAAGUUCGACGAGUCCAAGAUCUUCGAUUCCCACGCAGGCAUUGCCCACACUCGAUGGGCCACUCACGGCCCCCCAUCUCGCGUCAACUGCCAUCCUCACAGGUCCGACCCCGACUGGGAGUUCGCCGUCGUCCACAAUGGUAUCAUCACAAACUACAAGGAGCUUAAGACGCUCCUCGAGAGCAAGGGCUUCAAGUUCGAGACCGAGACCGAUACUGAGGCCAUUGCCAAGCUUGCCAAAUACAUCUACGACCAGCACCCGGAUAUCGAGUUCCCCACGCUCGCAAAGACCGUCAUUAAGGAGCUUGAGGGUGCAUUCGGUCUUCUCUUGAAGUCCGUCCACUACCCCCAUGAGGUCAUUGCUGCCCGUAAGGGUUCUCCCCUCGUCAUUGGUGUCCGGACACAGAAGAAGAUGAAGGUCGACUUCGUCGAUGUCGAGUACAACGACGAGACCGCCCUCCCCGCCGAGCAGGCUUCCCAGAACGUUGCGUUGAAGAAGUCUAACAACCUCCUCGCACCCCCUGACAAGUCUCUCCUCCACCGCUCGCAGUCUCGCGCUUUCCUCUCCGAUGAUGGCGUCCCCAUGCCCACCGAGUUCUUCCUCUCUUCCGACCCCUCCUCCAUCGUCGAGCACACCAAGAAGGUCCUCUACCUCGAGGACGACGACAUUGCCCACAUCCACGAGGGCUCCCUCAACAUUCACCGUCUCCGCAAGGACGACGGUACCUCCAACGUCCGUGCCAUCCAGACUCUCGAGAUCCAGCUCCAGGAGAUCAUGAAGGGCAAGUUCGACCACUUCAUGCAGAAGGAGAUCUUCGAGCAGCCCGAGUCCGUCGUCAACGCCAUGCGUGGUCGUUUGGACGCAGUCAACAAGACCGUCACCCUCGGUGGUCUUCGACAGUACAUGCCCACUAUCAGGCGCUGCCGAAGAAUCAUCUUCAUCGCCUGCGGUACCUCUUACCACUCUUGUAUGGCAGUUCGUGGUAUCUUUGAGGAGUUGACGGAGAUCCCCAUCUCUGUUGAGUUGGCUUCCGAUUUCUUGGAUCGUCAAGCACCAGUGUUCCGUGACGACACCUGCGUCUUCGUCUCCCAGUCCGGUGAGACUGCCGACUCUCUCCAGGCUCUCCGUUACUGCUUGGAGCGCGGUGCCCUCACCGUCGGUAUCGUCAACGUUGUCGGUUCCUCCAUCUCUCUCCUCACCCACUGCGGUGUCCACAUCAACGCCGGUCCCGAAAUUGGUGUCGCCUCUACUAAGGCUUACACCUCCCAGUUCGUCUGCAUGGUUAUGUUUGCCCUCUCCCUUAGUGAGGACAGGGCAUCCAAGCAGCAGAGGCGUGUGGAGAUCAUGGAGGGUCUCACCAAGAUCCCCGAGCAGUUCAAGGAGGUCCUCAAGCUCGACCAGCCCAUCAAGACCCUCUGCGAGAGGUUCAAGGACCAGAAGAGUUUGCUCCUCCUCGGUCGUGGCUCCCAGCACGCCACUGCCCUCGAGGGUGCACUCAAGAUCAAGGAAAUUUCCUACCUUCACUGCGAGGCUGUCAUGUCCGGUGAAUUGAAGCACGGUGUCCUCGCCCUCGUCGACGAGAACCUGCCCAUUGUCAUGAUCCUCACCCGUGACGACAUCUUCGCCAAGUCCUUGAACGCCUACCAGCAGGUCAUUGCUCGUUCUGGACGCCCCAUCAUCAUCUGCAAUGAGAACGACCCCGAGUUCCCUGCUGACAAGACCGACAAGAUCGAGGUCGCUCGCAACGUCGACUGCUUGCAGGGUCUCAUCAACGUCAUCCCUCUGCAGCUCAUGGCCUACUGGAUGGCCGUUGGCGAGGGUCUCAACGUUGAUAUGCCCCGUAACCUUGCCAAGUCCGUCACUGUGGAGUAAAUUGGCACUUGCAAAUUUGAAUUGGCGUCUAUAGAGGUAGCCUGGUUGGCUAUGUACGAAUUGUUUGGUGUUACGAAAGCUUUUGGGGUCAGGUAUAGGUCUGUUGGAGAACCAUGAAUAUCUGGUCGGGAUACAAUACGAAGGUCACGUUAAAUGAAAGACCUGCCUAUGUUAUUAGGUCUUUUUUUAAGGCGAAAUAGCCGAAAGGGAAUAAAAAAAAUGUUCAUAACUACUACUUCAUUACCUCGCAUCUUGUGAUUUGUUUGGUGUAAUUACUUGACCUUAUGUUUUUAACUGCGUUGUUGGGUUGUUCCCCUGGCGUUCGUCUAAGCGAUGAUGUGACCAUGCAUAUUGCGGGGCUUCCCUCAGGAACGGAACGCAU